AUGAAGGAUGCAUCUGACAAUUCUCAUUCGGAACAAUGGAGCAAUAAAAAGGUUUUCAAGAGCAAAAAAGAAUUGCUCGGUUGGGUACGGGACGUUGGAAGGAAAAAUAGGUUUGUGAUUGUCAUCAAGACAUCGGACUAUGGUGGUGGUCAUAGGACACCAAGGAUAUAUCUUGCCUGUGAGAGAAGUGGUCAAUACAGAGCUCAUAAGAAAUUAAAAGGAGAUGAUUCAAACAAAAAAAUUGUGAAGAUAACGGGUACAAAAAAAUACUGGUGUCCUUUUGAGUUGAGGGCUCAUAAGUUGAUGGCUGAUGAUGAUUGGAUGGUAGAUGUAACAUGUGGAAUGCAUAAUCAUGCUCCUGCUAAACAUUUUGAAGGACAUUCAUUUGCAAGGAAAUUAUCUGAGGAGGAAACAUCAUUAUUAGUGGAUAUGUCCAAAAGCAUGGUCAAACCAAAAGAGAUUUUGGUUACAUUGAAACGAAAGGAUGCUUAA